AUGCCGACUUCCAAGAAUCAUCGUAAAGGAGGCCACGAGAAGAACUGCAGGAAGGGAUUAUUAUCAGAAAAAGCAUCGUCGUUUCACGGAAGAAGUGGAAGGGUGGUGGUGGAAGAGAUACUGCCAUGGACAAGAACAGUGUCUGACUUGGUGGCGGGGAAGAGAGUUGGUCCAGGGUUGCCGGACUUAGUGGUGGUGCAAGAAAGGCGUAAGUUGACGAAAUUGCUGCUGAAUGUAACAAUACAGAGAAGCCUUGGCGCCGUACAGGUGGUGAUGCCACCGGAGGCCACGGUUGAGGAUUUGAUCGAGGCGACGCUGAAGCAGUAUACUAAGGAGGGAAGAUGGCUGAUUCUCCCAUCUACAGAUCCUUCUGGCUUCGACCUCCAUUACUCUCAGUUUAGCCUAGAAAAUUUAGAUCGGGAGGAGAAGCUAAUAGCUUUGGAGUCAAGGAAUUUUUUUCUGCACCCAAAGAAGGCGGUGGAGGCCACUACGGCGGUUCUAUGA